AUGGAGAUCGAAGAAAGAGCCACUGCCCGAUCCAAAACUUGCAAGUCCUGUGACCAAUGCAGGAACCGAAAGGUUCGGUGCAUCAUGGUCCCUGGGGGAGGUUCCAAAUGCACACAUUGUGCGAAACGGGGAGAGAUUUGCCAGUUCACGAAAAUCAAGCGAAGGCUUAAAGCCCAUAAACACGCCGAUAAUACACACCACUUACUAGCUGAUCAUCCCGUGAGCGGGAUCCUACGGGAUGAUUUUGCGGUACUUCGCACAAAGGAACAAGAUGCCCGCAGUUCAAGUCUCGCUUUCUUUUCCGAGAAAAAGAUCAACACCCUGUCAGAGCUCCUCGGAAACGACACUCUACGCCGGCUUGUAGAAGCCAUGGAAGCCAUCAUUAAAACCCGUCUACUAGCUCGGGGAGGCUCAUCCUCAAAUAUGACACCAGUCUCAUUCAUGAAGCCCUCCAGAAUAGAAGAGGUCCCACGAGACGUCGCAGCCUCAUAUGUCGACGCUUACUUCCAAAACUUGCACUCUGUGUACCCCUUCCUCGACCAACGAGACUUCAGAAAUAGAGCAUUGGGGCCGAAUAUUAGGGAGCUACUAAAGGCCAACCCAGCGUUCUCUGCUCUAUAUCACACGGUGCUUGCCUUAGGCUGUCAAUACCAUGAAGGUGGCACUUGGGAGCCAGGAAAGGGGGAAGCCUGGGAGCUCUUCCAGGUCGCCCUCGGUCUAAUUGCGGAUAUUCUAUUACCCCGGGAGCAUUUAAUAGGGCUUCAGGCUCUUGUGGCUAUGUCAAUCUUCGCCAUGAACACAUGCUGCCUCCAAAUCGAUGAAGUCCUGAUCACGGAAGCUGCUCGUAUGGCUCAAGGCCUUCGUUAUCACAAGUCUAUCGGAAACGAAGAAGAGCCAUAUACGGCAACUUGUCGGCGCACCUUCUGGGUCAUUUACUACAUGGAAAAGCACAUGUGCUUCCAUGGUCAAGUCAAUUCUAUCAUCGCAGACUAUGACAUUGGCUGUCCCAUCCCAGAUGCCCCAGAAGCCAUGUACGGAGACUUCAAUUGGUUUCUAUCCACCAUCUGCUUCAGCCGCAUUCUCUCUCAAGCCUAUGCUUCUCUGUUCUCCGUAAGCGCCACUAUGAACUCCCUGGAAUCUUAUUACUCUGCCAUCGACCAGAUCGAGGGCCGCCUUGAGCGCUGGAGAAUGGCAAUCCCAGAGAAUUUCAGGCCGGGUCUACAUCCACAAUUUGUCACCUUUUCAGACCCUGCCACGAAAAUGCCAGCAAUGUAUACGCAUUUCAGAUAUUACAGUUUGGUGAUUGCAUUGGCAAGGCUAACAUUGUACCUGAGUGCGAAUGAAUCAUCUCCGAGAACAGAAGAGAACAAGCGUGCACUUAUGACGGCAGCAAGGAUGGUCAUCGAGUUGAUACAAUUUGUGGAUACCGCACCACAUACACCAAUCUUUAUCCUCUCUAUUAUGCCGCUUGUGGCGAUCUUUAUCCUAUUUGACUUCGUGGUACACAAUCCGAGACAUGCGGAAACAAGGGAUAACCUUUCGCUCCUUGAAGUCGCAGCCGGGCACUUCAGCUUACAGGAGUAUAAAUCAAAGGGAGUAAUGCCCUCUUCCCUUGUUGGUGAAUUUGCCCACAUUGCGCGACAAUAUGUGCGAGAUGUCGAGGUUAAGGCCCAGGCACAAUCGUCUAUGCCCUCCCGCCAGGCUGAGGGAGCUAUAGGGGAGCCUGUAGGGGCAGUUGCGCGAGAAACGGGGAAUAAUUUGAAUGGGCAGCUCGCCCUAGGAAACCGAGAAGGCAACCCGGGCUCCGAUUAUCUUGGCGAAUGGGACGGUCCAAGCGACUUCUUAUGCUAUCCUAUCAUACCGGAAAACCUAGGGCAAACUUCAGAAGACAACCCAACUCUCGCUGGAUAUGAUCUCCGUGCUCUUUUUGGCUCUGUCAUUCCCGAAGUCUACUUUCCAGAUGGAGCAACGGGAGAGGUGGUCGUUGCAGAUCCGCUGUUUGGCCCUACUCCCCUUGGUUAA